AUUUGUUCUUGUUUACUGUUUUAUUCAUAAGAUCAUAUGUUAAGCACAUGAGAUGUAAUUUGUUCUAUUAAAAAAGUUCUGUACGCGUAAAAAUCAUUCAUGCGAUUGGUUUUAUGGGAAAGAGUAUUUUCGUUUUUUUGUUUUUCCAUAAUGAUGAGAGAAGUCAACAUUGUUCAUUCACAAUAACAAAAAAAGUGAUGUAAAACAAGAUCAAAACAUGUUGUGCAUAGUUUGAAAUAAACGCACCGAAUGAUUGCAAUGUAAACAAAUCAUAAAUCUGUGUUUUUAUAGUGUGUCGAAAUGGGUUGUGCCAUGUUUACGCGGCCAGUGAGCUAUGGCUCAUCGCAAAAUGAUAACUUUCUUUUAUUUUCCGUUGCCUAAAUAUAUCUCAUCAUUCUGGCUGUUCAUCGCAUCUACGCUAUGAUGAAUACCCUGAACCGCGUUUUGCUACACCACGCGCUUGCGGUCAGUCGGGUACGUACAACAAGUUCAAUUGAAUUUUCGACAAAAGCAGCUGGAAAUAGCAUCUGUUUACGCAAUUUUUCAAUAAACAACAAAUCAUGACGAACUGCCGUCUCAAUGUGCACCGCUGUUGAUGCGAUGAUAUUCAUUCCGGUGAGACCUUUCGAGCAGAUUGGUUGUGAUUUUUCGAGAGACUUUGAAAAAUAUUCGUGUCGUAUAAAAAGAGAGGAAAUAGCAGUGAAAUCGAUGAAAAAAAUGCCCAGAAAUCGUGAUGUUGUGGUACCAAUCAGAAAUGAUAGACAUGAACACCGUACAACAGCUUACACCAACUCGGCAUUAGAUAUUCGGGCGAAUGGUGAAGGGUUUCGUAAAUCUCGGAGAAGCAUUUCGACAUGCAUUGAGAUCAUUGCAAUGAUCUGUUCGGCGCUGUUGAUGCUGAUGACGUUACCGAUUUCAUUGUUUAUUUGCUUCAAAGUGGUUGCAGAAUAUGAGCGAGCGGUCAUUUUUCGAAUGGGCCGUUUGAGAUCGGGUGGCGCUAGAGGACCGGGAGUCUUUUUUGUGUUACCCUGUAUCGAUAAUUGCUGUAAAGUCGAUUUGAGAACCGUGUCAUUCGAUGUUCCUCCGCAAGAAGUUCUAACCAAAGACUCGGUUACCGUUUCAGUUGAUGCAGUCGUUUAUUAUCGCAUUUCCGAUCCGUUGAAAGCUGUCAUUCAGGUUGCAAACUACAGCCAUUCAACCAGAUUGUUGGCAGCGACCACGUUACGCAAUGUAUUGGGAACACGAAAUUUGUCGGAAUUAUUGACUGAAAGGGAAACGAUUAGCCAUACCAUGCAAUCUUCCCUUGAUGAUGCCACAGAUCCAUGGGGUGUUAAGGUUGAGCGCGUGGAGAUCAAAGACGUAAGUUUGCCCACUCAAUUGCAGCGAGCCAUGGCAACGGAAGCUGAAGCUUCACGCGACGCGCGUGCUAAAGUGAUUGCUGCUGAAGGAGAAAUGAAGUCAGCCUUAGCUCUAAAGCAGGCAUCUGAUAUUAUCUGCAAGUCACCAGCCGCUUUACAACUACGAUAUCUUCAGACUCUGAACAAUAUUGCCUCGGAAAAAAACUCCACCAUCAUUUUCCCGGUUCCAUUGGACAUGAUGCGUAUGUUUAUAUCAGAACGACACGAAUAAUUAAAACUGAACCAACUAAAACACUCCAUACUACGACCAUCACUCACUAUGGAGCAUAUUCAAUUAAAUUAUUUUUGAUUUCACAUUGAUAAUAAAAAUAAAUUAGUGCAAAAUUUAUUUUUGCAACUUAUAACUGUC